GCCCGCGCCCUGAAUCAACCUCUUUUCUGCCUUUGCACCAGAAACUAACCAAGUCGCUUUGGGUUGGCUGGGUUCGCAAAAAUCGAAGUCAGGUUAACAGGAAUGAAGCGACUUGCGGUUGUGACUGAACCGGUGUUUCUCAAUCUCGGCAAGUUUAAGGGAUUGUCAAAGUUUAUUGCAACUCCCCACUGGGCAAAGAGCAAAGCUGGGAUCAAUUUCUGAAAGCAUUCCUACACUACCUGCUUAAGGUUGUAUUUAUGGAAACCUAACCAUUUAUACCUCUAACGUAACUCCAGCCAUAGAGCAAGUCAAUAGCACAGAUAGCACAGAUGAAAAUCCUGGAAAAACAAAAUAUCAUGUUCUAACUACUGAGACUGUGGCAAUGGAGCCUACCAUUCAGAAUUUCAAGCCUUUGGUGGAACAUCAGACCCAGGUUUCUGUAAUUAUGAAACCAGUAGAUGCCUCUCAAAUCAUUUUGGAAGGGAAUUCUGCUACUCUGGAGUGUAGAUUUACGGCCCCAUCUGGGGCAAAAGUCUCCUGGAAAAAAUCUUGCUCCCCAAAUUGUAGCAACAGCCUUGAGGUCUUCAAUAACAGCCACCACUGGAUCUCUGCAGACGUCGGUCGUGGCUUUUCAAAACUCUCUUUCCAUCAGACCCAAAGGAAUGAUACUGGGAUGUACUACUGCUCUGUUGUUGCUUACAGUGGCCGUGGGCUAUCAUGUGGAACAUACCUAUGGGUCAGGAGACCUCGCCCCAUCUCCUUCCUGAAUAUGAGUGAAUCCAUAAAAAACAAGAUUAUUACAGCAGAGGGAUUCCUUCUACUUAUCUGUGCCAUUGGCCCUGGUCUUUUUCUUCUGUUCAAGAAGAGAUGGGAAAAUGAGCGCCUCUUGCAGGCCAAGAAGAAAGCUUGUGAAGAGGAGAACCUGUAUGAGGGACUGAAUCUGGAUGACUGCUCAAUGUAUGAGGACAUCUCCAGGGGUUUACAAGCUACCUACCAAGAUAUAGGCAAUGUCAAAGUGAUUGAUUUACAGCUAGAGAAACCAGAGAAACCAUGAUAAAAUGGUCACUUCAUAGUCAUUUUCUAGAGUUUAUUGAAAAUGGUUAUUUUAAAUUUUUUCUUGAUUUCUCUUGCUGAUAAUGUGUAUAUAUGUGAUGGUGAAGGGAUUCAAUAUUUUCCUAUUUUUAAAGAAUAAUAAUUUGUAUAAGUUUUAAUCUUCAGUAGGGAAGUGAGCUCUGCAUUGUCGAAAAUUGGCUUGAAUAGAAUCCUGCAAAUGAAAUAAGCAAAAAGAUAUCCUUUGAUUCUUCCAAACAAAAUAUUCUGAUAAUAUAUAUUCAUUUGGUAUUUCUUAAUUCUCUUUAUGAUUCCUGAUUACCAAUAUUUUAAAAGAAGCAUCACUCUGAGAUUCUGAAACAUAUGGUUAAAUGAAACAAUGGUUAAAUAGUACCUUCAGUGACAUUUACGAUUGAUUCGUUCCUUGUGCUUGCUUUCAACUUCUCAGUUUGUGUGAAAAGAGGCGUGUCUAUAAACCAUAUUUGUAUUCAUUUCAAAUUAAUAUUUUCUAAGUUGAACAUUUAAAAGAUUAUCUCAUAUUUGUAAAAAAAACUUUGCUGUGGAUGGUGUUUAUUGUGUAAUAUGUAUGCUCUCACUAGGGAAACAAAGAAAAAUGUACUCACACAUCCCAGCAUUUAAAGUAGCUGCAUAUAAGCCUGGUAAAAUAAAAUAAACAAAUGUCUCAUUUUCCCUGCAAGAACAUAAAUGGAUAAAAGUAUUUAUGGUGCUUCAUAUGAAGAAAUAAGACAGAAGAGGCGGCCUAGGAAGUCCAGCAACAGGUCUAUAUUCUCUUUGGUAAAACAUUGACUCUUAUGACAUCUGCAAAAAAAAUUUAAAAAGAAAAGGCCGGAAUGACGUGGACGAAUAAGCCACUGCAAUGUUUCUCCUCACUGUUUAUUUGCCAUUUUAAUGCUUUCCCAUUCUCUAAGGGAAAAUACAGCUUUAUAUAUACUGCAGACUUGUGAAUAAAAAGCCUUUUCCUCAUUUUCUUCACAGAGCAAAGAGUAGCAAAACAAGUGAUAAGGUUUGUGGUUGUGGGAUAAAUUCCAAAGACAAUGGAUUUUGGUUUUCGUGGGCAUCAACAGCUUUCAUGGGAUAAUUCUUCAACACUUGGCAACAUUUUUAAUCCAAGCCCUGUUGUAAUCCUAACUUAAAUUUCCCUCUUUCUGAUUGUGAAUUAGGAUUUUAAUAAACUAAACUUUAUGACUCAGAA